UGGCGGUUAAUGUAUAAAUUACAUGCUUGAGUGUCAACAAAAACUAUAGUACAAUGUUACUUUUACGUUAUUCUUGUAAUAUAACAGUUGGUUUUACUGGACCAUGAUUUAUUCAACUGAUACAUCCAUGUGAGAACUAACCAAAAUGGCUGAGAGUCAGCCGGAUGAGGCAUGCACGUACCGUGAAAGCUGUCGACGUAACGGAUGGACACUUCCUCUACAUGGGUUUCAAAUCAUUGCGUGGGUCGUCGUCAUCUUCUUCCUACUCAUUUACUUCACAAUGAUUGUUCCUACACUUCCACUAGAAUGGCAGCCAGCUGGCUACAUUAUAAACGGCUUGGUGAGUGCUGUGCUCCUGGUGUGUCUCGUUGUUGCCACGACUAUCAACCCAGCGGACGAGGCUGUGCUGAAGAAACGUUUCCAGCAGACAUUGGCCUUCUUUGAUCGCAGUAAACACCGGCACGUAAUUGAGGAUGAGCACUGCUUUCUGUGUGAAGUGAAUGUUGGUGUGAAGUCAAAGCAUUGCAGUGUAUGCAACAAGUGUGUUUCAGACUUUGACCAUCAUUGCAAGUGGCUCAACAAUUGCGUGGGCGGACGGAAUUACCGGUGGUUCAUCAUGACUCUGGUUAGUUCAUGUGUUGCUGUGUUGAUCAUUCUGUGUAUGUCAUUAGCCCAGUUCAUCGGUUACUUCACUGAUAGAAACAGUGGUAACAUCCUCAAACCAUUCAGAGAUAAUAUUAAUAGGAAAACUGCUGGGAACGAAUCCAGCGUUGCUGUGUUUUCUUUUAUUUACAUCCCCGUGCCAGACUGGGUGUGGCUGACAGUUCUGGCGAUCACGAUGUUUUUGGUCAUCAUCUGCCUCGGCUUGUUGGUUCACCUCCUCGCUUUCCAUUUCUACCUCACUUAUAAAAAGAUGAGUACGUAUGACUACGUUUUACAGCAGCGAGAAGUCCCAGAGAAGGAUCCGAAAUGCAAGGAUGUAAAGAAGACAUGGUCUAGCAAAUUCAGAUUGAAUCGUGUCGAUCCUUCAAAGGCAAAAGGUUUAUCGGAUGCAGAAAAUAGUUCAGUACAUCCUAACAACCCCGAAAAGAAAAACGGUGACAUUAGUAAAAGUAAAGAGGCGGUCAAAGGAGAAACUCCACCUCCAACUGCAAGUCCGAUUCUACUAAAAAAAAUGAAUCCUGUGGCUUUAUCAGAUGCAGAAAAUGGUUCGUUACAGUAUAAGAUUACCAAAACGAAAAGCAGUGACAUGAAAACACUUGAGGAGGUGAGCAAAGGAGAAACCCCAAUCUCAUUUGCGGGUCCGAUUCUACACAACAUAAACAUGAAUGCUAAUCCAUUUUAUUCCACCUCUUCUGGAAGAAGAAAAAGAAAAACUAAAUCUCACCAUAAAUCUAAUAUAGAUAAUGGUAUUGUGCAUGGUACAAAUGUUGAGAAGAAUGCAUCCACCGCCAGUUCACAUCACUCGGACUACCACUCCGACUCUGCGGAAUCCCUUGUCGAGGUGAAUCCAAGCAAACCAACAGACGUCUGUUCCACAGAUAGCGCUGUGGUAAUGGGGAACCAGUAUUCGUCGCAAGCCAGUGCCAUGUCGAGCGUGGGCAAACACGUGAAGAAAAAGAAGAAGUCCCGAGGCAAGAGUCACGACGUGGACAACGCAUUAAACGAAACGACGAUCUUCACCGUAAACGAUGAGGCCAAGUUGAACUUGGAUGGAUCUCUAGAUUAUACAGACGGCUUCAGAACCUUGCCGCUGACCCCGGUGUUGCUACGGAAACAAGCCAGUGAAGUUCCUCCUCUUGAUUUCGGGGGACUCCGGUCAAGCACAGAGAGCUCCAGUACAUACAGGCCCUACACCGGGACGGUCCGGUCAACAGAUACCGUUUUGUAUUCGGGCGAACAGCCACUACAAAGCUUGAAGUCUGUUCCCGAGUUUCAGUUGGAUACUGAGGUUUAGAUCUUUAAAACUGAACUUUAAAUAUGAUACAUAAAUUUCAGUGUUUACCGAUACUGAACUGUAAAUACAAACAGAUGCCUAAAUUCAGGUGUAUAGUGAUAAUGAACUGUACUUAGAAACUGGUACUUAAGUUUAGAUAAGCUUGCCCAAAUUUCAUAGUUCUGUUGUCUCUAAAUUUAUAAUUAUGUUGUAUCUCAAAACUUAUAAUUAUGAUGUAUUUUUUGCCAUUGUUAGAAACAAAUUACUUGGAAUUCGUUGCAUUGAUUAGAUGGUGAGAAGUAUAUUGUUUCAGCCCUUGUAGUCAAGAUUUUAACUAUUCCAGACAUUUCCAGUGUCAAAUUCCUGUUAACUCCACUUUUUAAAAACUUUUUUUAAACUUUUUUUUUCUUCUUUUUUUGGUGGGGGUAUUCCAAUCUGCCCUAGAUGAUAACCUCUAUAAUGCUGCAUUCAUUAAAAGUCAACAAUAUCAUAUUUCCUAAUUCACAAGUUGUGAAGAGAGUUUUCGUUUGACCUGAGAACACAACUUGUGAACUGUAGUAGGAUUUUCUGUCUCAAACUUCACAAAUGGCGAAACAAACACAAAUUGGAGAUUGGACUGACAAUGCAGAUUGUCUAUAAAUCGCGUGAACACUCUCCACUUGGCUGAAGUCCCAUUCACAAUUUAGAACUUGAGAAUUCACGUUAUUCACAAGCACCAAAUGAAUGCAGCAAAAGCCUUUAAGUAUUAUAAGACUUCAGCUGUUAUUGGUGUCCAUUUCUCUCAUAUUUGAGAAUUAAUACAGUUAUAAUGCAUGUUCUCUAACAUUUCAGUAAUUACACUGUUAUAGUGCAAGGUUCUGCCUAUCAGUCUUCAUGUCUGUGUCCAAAACAAAUUAAUUUUGUUGGUUUUUUCCCCUUGAAUAUGUUUGGGUAGUAACCACUUCAGACCAUAUUGAAAAGUUAUGUCCCUUUGCACAGAUUUGUAUGUCAGAAUUAUAAGAUGGUUUUGUUUGUUUUUUGUAAUUUUAGAUACGACUCACUGUGAGCUUGUUUGGACUUUAUACCUUAAAAUUGGACUUUAAUUGUAAUUAAUAUAAUAUUCUAGAAUUAUGCUCUAAUUUUGAUAUCUGCGUUAAUUUCAGAAAAUGAUGAUGGUGUGUCUAGAUUCCAAAGGUCCUAACACUAACCCUAUCCCUGCCCCGACCUUGACAACAGGACAUUUGUAAUGAAAUGAUGUAACAUGCAUCAUAUGAGGUACAUUGCUAAUGACGUUUUCGAGUAGCAGGCAUUCAGAAUUGCUGGACGUGCCCAAGUUGCCGACUCCUACACAGUACUACAGUUAGACUGUCGCUAGACUAGACCUCCAGGCAAAAUGGUGUCAAGCUCACACUUUUUUUAUCUGCCAACUCUGCAUAGCAAAAGCUAGUAAUACAUUUGUCUUGCUUGUUUGGAGAAACAAUCGUAGUAGCUAAAUUCUGUCUGGCUUUAGAUCAGGUUUUUUUCCCCAAUAAGUUCUGGUCUGAUUACGGUAUUGGUCAACUAGCAGUAAUAAGAUUUUUGUUACACUAAUAACUCUGGUAAGUCAUCAAGCCAUGGUUUAAUCUUUUUUUAUUAUAAUUAAAAAAAAAAAAUGUUUGUGUGUGGGGUGGGGGAAUCAACUUUGUCACUGGAGGCAUCAAGUUGUGGCUUUGUGAUGGUGAAGACUCCAGUGAAUUAUUUGGUUUUGACAGUAGUAAAACCAGUUAUCAGCAGUCCACUUUUCAAUCACUUGUUAAACAAAUAACAUGGCCAUAAUGUAAUUACUUUAAGAAAAAAGAAGAAAAAUAUGUUAUUUCUAUUUUGACCAAAAAAUUUAUUGCUAGGUUUUGCCAUUGAAUGAUGGAUCAUUGCUGAUAGCCAGAACCUUAGCUUAUGCAUAGUAGUUUACUGAUCAGUAUUCCCUUGGGAUAACAGUAUUUCUUGAGGAUAAUCCUACUAGAAUAAAUAAAUACUGAAGACUACAUAAACUAUAUGUAACUAACGGUUGUAUGGACCAGGUUGUUCUAAUUAUACUGUUGGUUUUGCAGCUGUAUACAAUGAAAUCAAUCAUUCCAUGUUUAAUAUGAACAGUAUUUGGUGCAUGUUGACCAUCCAUUCCUGCAUUGCUCAUAUUGAUGCAACCAAUAACAAUCAACUGUCAUUUUGUAAUCUGUUGUAAAGUGUCUUGCUGUUUGUGUAUUGGAAUGUACAUUGAGAGUAUUUGUCAGUCAUUGUUGCCCAUCUUUACAAAGUAUGCAAGAAGGCAUAAUAUGGUGUUAUUGUUAACUGUACUAUUUAUUAGUCCCAUCAGUACAAAUGGAUGGAACUAUAGGUUUCAUAACCGUCCUUGUGCAGAUGUAGCUCUGUGUGAUUUUAAAAAAUAAAAUUCACUAAUUGUUCGUAAAAUUUUGCAAGUGUCAGAACUACAUCUGUAGCCCUGCGUCUGUCCCACAUAUCGUUUUCUGGACAUAUUUUUCACAAUGCCUCAAGAUAUUGAGCUGACAUUUUGUGUAUGGCUUUAUCAUGUACUGUUACAGAUCAAGUUUAUCUUUCGUGGCAAUUUACCCAUUUAUGAAAGAGUUAUGGCCUUUAAAAUUAGGAGAUACGGACAUUUGAUUUCUAGAUUCUGUUUUUUUGUUUUGUUUUUAUGCAUCUGUAAUUUUUGGGAUGCGGUAGGGGACAUGUAUUGCUUUAGCAGUAUUCUCAAAAUUAAUGUUAUUCUUAUAAUGAAGCAAACUUGUAUGAUUGAUUUUAAUGACAACUGUCUAUAUAGCGUGUUUGUUACAAUUUCUGCCCCAGGAGAUAUAUGCAUUUUUCAAAAUAAAGAGUACACCGAAGACCUAUGAUCUACCCACUACAUGUACUCGUCAUUCCUGUUGGAAAUCAUUUUGAAGGAGGCGGGUACGUACCUAUAAAUAGUGAUUGAAUUUUGUGAAUUCACUUUAAUCUCAAGUUGAUGAUCACUACGUAUUGCUGUCAGGGUCGUUAGAGAAACCUACUCUAGGACCCUAGCUGGUUUAAAUAGCCUUAUAAAAAAUAUAAUUUGCAAGUUAGUGACCAUUCCUUUUCAUUCUGUGUCAGUAGUCAUAGUUUCAAUUAAUAAAAGUGUUAGUAUUUUGCAAGUAUACAGGUACAUUGUUAAUAGUCAACCUAUGGAUGCAAACUGUUUGAAUUCAUGGUACAUUUUUGGUUUUUAUUUUUGAGGUGAAAACACGAUCAUAGACCUGCAAACCUAUCGAGAGUGAGGGAUGUAUGUCAGUUUAGUUCCUCUUGUCGGAACAAUCCUUAAAGGUUUUAAUGCUUAAAUUGUGCUCUUUGUUUAAAAUUUUGGAUUGGGCAGGCCUGUAGGAAUAUGAUGCCUGGAGGGGGAGGACACAAUAUCUAGUGGGUGGGUUGGAGAGACACAAGCUAGAUUUAGAAUAUGAUGCCUGGAGGGGGACGGCACACUAUCUUGUGGGUGGGUUGGAGAAACACAAGCUAGAUUUGGAAUAUGAUGCCUGGAGGGGGAGGACACAAUAUCUAGUGGGUGGGUUGGAGAGAGACGAGCUAGAUUUGGCUUUAUUAAUAUGGAGUAGGACAAAUUUUUUUUACAUUUUAGAUCAUCUUGGUGGUGGGGGGCUAUAGGUAGGACACUGUGACUGAGAAUGUCACUUGAGGACAAAAAUGUAAAAAAAAAUUCCGCUACUCCUACGGGUUUGUUGGGUCAAGCUUUAGUCCUAAAGUGGACAAGUAAUAAUGUAUAUGAUCGUGGGAAAUGUGAUCUCCCACCGUCAUGAUAUAAUGGUUGUAUUUGUGUUUGUUUAAAGUUCAUUUAUUUAUUAGAAACAGUCUGUGAUAAUGUGUCCAAGCCAUUGUACUUUUUCUACUGUGAUACUAUAGUGUAUUAUUUAAAAAGAAUGUUUUCCUUUGUUUUUUUAAUAGCAGUGGUAUAUUGAGUUAAUUUAUUUAAUACAGAACUAAGAAUGUGUCCUGUACAUGAGUGUAGUAGUUUGUUAAUUUGUGAUGUAGUGUUUCGUCUUUUAUAUACAGUUUGCUUGUGUUUUAGUGUGUGGGGUUUUAUUUAGGUAAGAGUGUACAUGUAUGUGAGCAUUUUGGUGCAAGUUUUGUUUUUUGUUUUUUUUUGGUCAGAAUGCAAAGCAAGCUGGAUUUGUUUUUAACCAACAUGUAAGAUAAAUGGUACCCAACAGACACUAGAUUCAAUUUGUUACAUAUCCUCAAAAGUGCAGACGCAAAAAGUUACUGACUGCAGUUGCAGUUAACUUGUGCAUCACAGAGCAGUCAGUUUCGGGUUAACUUACACAUCACAGAGCAAUCCAUUUCAGUCGUGCUUGUUUCAUUAGAUGGUAUGGCUAUGGCAUCAGGAUCAUUGCUGUGGAGUAGCCAGUCAUAUGUCUGUAAAUCGAUGUCAGGGUUAUAUUGGAGAUCACCAUAUGAUACCAAAAUUUAUUUUACAGUAUUCUAUCCAGCAGGUAAUAAAAUUAACCAACUUGAUGUGGACCAUUGUUAACUUAACAUUUAUAUAUAUCCGUAUUCUUUAUAUUAAUGUAAUGCAUGUGCCAAAAGAUUAUAAAAUAAAUAAGAAUUGACUUGGAAGCUGGUAAUUGUAAAUUCAUGGUAAAAAAUAAGAUUUUCAUUGGAGAUUUUUAACAAACUUGCACAAUUCCCCUAUAGUAGGGUUCAAAUUUUAUCACGGCAACGAUGGCAAAUGUCAUGAUUACCCUUCUUAUUUGCUGUUAUGCCCCGAAAAUCAGACGUUGCUGAUGGCAAAAACAAAUACUGCGGUGCCCUAACUGGUUUGCCACCGAGCCCUUCCCAUACAUUGCAUGUUGUGUAUGUAAGGAGUAGUAAAAUCACCAUUGGUAAUAUGGUAAGAGGCAUCCAUCCAUGUCCAACAAAUUACAUAGGCUAGAGCCUAGUGGUGGGAAUCUGUUGGAAUCUCAUCAUCUGUUAUAAUUGGUGUGCAUCAACCGGUCAACUUUUCAUUACUCUGUCAGAAUUAUAUGAACGUAACAAGGAUUUGAAUUAUAAGGAUCAAGAACCUAUUGUCGUGUUUUAACUUACAAAUGGCUAAUUUUACCUUAAAUAAUAACUAUUGAAUACAUGAGUUUUUUUAAAUAUAUUUUAUGGUACAUGUAAACAACCCCAGCCCCAGCAUAUUUACAUCAAUUCUGUCUUCUAAAACCGCAGGGACAGUUUAACAUUUGCCACAUAAUUGAUUAUGGUACUGUCUAAUUGGUCAGCACAUGGUGGAGAAACAGAUCAGUUUUCAGUAUUAGUCACUACCAGAGCCCAAGGCAACAGGUUAGUGUUAGAACAUUUCAUAGAAAACCAGUUGCCAUCGUGCCCCUCUUUUGCCCUUGUAACUUGCCUUGGUGGCCUGAUUUCUAUUAUUAAACCAAAGGCAAUACUUGCUGUGUCCCCCAAAACAUUUGACUUCUGUUGUGACAGUGACUUGAACAAUAGGCAUUCAACUCUCUUUCUUCUUUUUAUUUAUUUUUUAUUUCAUAGUAUUUGUGUUAUUGUUGGAUUUAUUUUCCAUUCUGCAUUUGUAUUAUGGUUUACUGAACAUUUCACUGCAUACUUUUUGAAUGAAGAGUAUGGGAUCAUAUUAUUGUCAGAUUUUUACACGUUUCUUUGAACAUUUCUCCAUAAUAUUUCGUAAUGUCCAUGUGUCCAUCUUUCCAUUAGUGAAAUAAAGCACUUAAUUUUAUUUUAAGGGUAGACAUAACAUAUUUUAGACUAGCAUACAGUACUGAUAAAUGGAAUGCUGUGUAAAUGUUACACAUGGAAUAUUAUAUAUUGUUUAUUUCUCCUUGUUUACAUGUCGUCUGCACUUGUUUUUAUUAUUUUAUUUCUAUUUCAAGAGACUUAAAAGUAAUUGAUCCGUCCAUAGAUUCAGUUGUUACCGUUUUAUUAUAUUUUAAUUGUGUUUUUAGUACUUAUUUUAGCUUUUAAAAAUGAACUUAACUUAAUAAUAUUUAUGUUGUUAUAUUUUAUGACAUUGUGAUAUUUUAUGACACUAUGUUUGGAAUGACAUUAGUUUGAAAAAUAAAUAAUGAGCGAUUGUA